CAGUCUCUCACUAGCACCCAUUCGUGAUCCUUUAAUUGCAUUUGGUGCGUGGGAUCUCUAUUUUAAAAGUUUGGGGGAGUUCAAAGGACAUCACCCAAUUGGAUUUAUCAGUGGUACCUUUUCAAAUGUGAAUCACGGGAGGUGUCUGGGUUUUUCAGCAAAUACGAAAAAAAGAUUAACCAGUUGAUUGAGCAUCAUUGCUCGCUGGUGUGCUAUCGACUGAAGAAUCCUAAAACAAAUUAAGGCAUCACAGGAUGUCGUCGGUGAAGGUGGCAGUAAGGGUGCGUCCCUUCAAUUCUCGCGAAAUUGCGCGGGAGUCAAAAUGUAUUAUUGAAAUGAAUGGUGCCACAACAUCAAUUGUCAAUCCCAAAGUACCACCAGGCACCAAUGAUUCUGUCAAGAGAUUCAACUUUGAUUACUCCUAUUGGUCUCACGAUCCAAAUGAUUCAGAUUUUACAACACAAUCAAUGGUGUAUGGGGAUAUUGGGGAGGAAAUGCUGCAGCAUUCCUUCGAUGGAUACAAUGUAUGCAUCUUUGCUUAUGGUCAGACUGGUGCUGGGAAGUCUUAUACGAUGAUGGGGAGACAAGAGGUUGAGGGUCAAGAGGGAAUUAUUCCCAUGGUGUGCAAAGAUCUCUUCAGGCGCAUCAAGGAGACUGCUACAGAAGAGCUCAAAUACACAGUUGAAGUGAGUUAUAUGGAAAUUUACUGCGAACGAGUACGUGAUUUGCUGAAUCCAAAGAAUAAGGGGAAUCUGAGGGUGCGAGAGCAUCCACUCUUGGGUCCAUAUGUUGAGGAUCUGUCCAAGCUGGCUGUGACAGAUUACCAGGACAUUCAUGAUUUGAUUGACGAAGGCAACAAGGCUAGAACUGUUGCUGCUACAAAUAUGAAUGAGACUAGUUCUCGAUCUCAUGCCGUCUUCACCAUCUUCUUCACUCAAAGGCGUCAUGACGGCAUCACAGAUUUGAUCACAGAAAAGGUGUCAAAGAUCAGUUUGGUGGAUUUGGCGGGCAGUGAACGGGCCGAUAGCACAGGGGCCAAGGGUACGAGACUCAAGGAAGGUGCCAACAUCAACAAGAGUCUCACAACACUUGGAAAAGUCAUCUCUGCUCUGGCUGAAAUGGCAUCGAAGAGCAAGAAGUCCAAAAAGGCAGAUUUUAUUCCCUAUCGUGAUUCUGUCCUUACUUGGCUCCUUCGGGAAAAUUUGGGUGGUAAUUCCAAGACAGCAAUGAUUGCUGCAAUUUCCCCAGCUGACAUCAACUACGAUGAAACUUUGAGCACUCUGAGGUAUGCGGAUCGUGCCAAACAAAUUGUAUGCAAAGCUGUCGUCAAUGAGGAUGCCAAUGCUAAACUUAUUCGUGAGCUCAAGGAGGAAAUUCAGAAGUUGCGUGAACUACUUCGUGCUGAAGGAAUUGAGGUGCAAGAAGGACCGGACGGUAAAGUGGUUUGUGAGAAACGAGAUCCCAAUAAGGAUGAAAUCAACACUAAAUCCGAGAGUAUUAUCAAAAACAUUCCAACAUCGCCCAAAGGACGCACUAGAACUGGAUCUACCACAGAAAUGGCAGUGGAUCAACUUCAGGCCAGUGAGAAAUUGAUUGCAGAACUCAAUGAGACUUGGGAGGAGAAAUUAAAGCGUACAGAGCAGAUUCGUCUGCAGCGUGAGGCAGUUUUUGCCGAAAUGGGUGUGGCUGUGAAGGAGGAUGGAAAUACAGUUGGAGUCUUUUCGCCAAAAAUGACUCCACAUCUUGUGAAUUUGAAUGAAGAUCCAACUCUGUCAGAGUGUCUUCUGUACUACAUCAAAGAUGGCAUAACACGCCUGGGGACAGCUGAAGCUAAUCUUCCGCAGGAUAUUCAGCUGUCCGGACCGUAUAUCCUUAAGGAGCAUGUGAUGUUCGAAAAUAGAAGUGGAGUUGUGACAUUGGUGCCUCACAAAGAUGCCCUGGUGUAUCUCAAUGGGCGCAAGUUGACUGAACCCGAGGUGCUAACAACGGGCUCGAGGGUUAUUCUGGGCAAGAAUCACGUGUUCCGCUUUACCCAUCCGGAGCAAGCCAGGGAGAUUCGAGAGAAGGCAGUGACUGAGACUCCGGGUAAUGGGGAGACAGUUGAUUGGAAUUUUGCACAGUGCGAAUUGCUGGAGAAGCAGGGAAUUGAUCUGAAGGCGGAAAUGGAGAAGCGACUUAUUGCCCUGGAGGAACAGUUCAAACGGGAGAAGUUACAGGCUGAUCAGGAAUUUGAGGAGCAGCGCAAAUCCUACGAAGCACGGAUUGAUGCAUUGCAGAAGCAAGUGGAGGAGCAAUCGAUGACAAUGUCAAUGUACAGUAGCUACACUCCAGAAGAUUUUCAUCCCGAAGAGGAUAUUUUUGUGAAUCCCUUAUUUGAGUCCUGCUGGACUGCCCGGGAGGCUGGAUUGGCAGCCUGGGCAUUUAGGAAGUGGCGCAUUCACCAAUUUACAUCUCUGAGAGAUGAUCUCUGGGGAAAUGCAAUUUUCCUCAAGGAGGCAAAUGCCAUUUCUGUGGAACUGAAGAAAAAAGUUCAGUUCCAAUUUACACUGCUCACCGACACUCUCUAUUCCCCUCUGCCGCCUGAACUGGCGGCCAGCAAUCUAGGAGCCAUCACUUCUGGCCAUGGGAAUGAGGAUGAAUUUGGCGGAAUUCCAGCACCAAGGACAAUUGUGGCCGUUGAGGUGACGGACACAAAGAAUGGAGCCACUCACUAUUGGACCUUGGAAAAAUUGCGCUGUCGCCUUGAAUUGAUGCGUCAAAUUUACAAUGCGGAGAGUCCACCGAUGGUCAGUGGCCUGGAGACCCCAACCAAUGGCCCAUGCAAAACCCUUGGUCUGCCACUGUCUCCGGAUGAGAAUGAGAGAAAUGUGGAUGUUGGAGGGCAGCAACAGGAACUGCUUCAGUGUCUGGCAGCAGCAUGUGCAAAUGCAUCAAGACUCUCUUUAGCUAAUCUCUUGCCAUCGAGACAACGGUUGGAAUUAAUGCGAGAAAUGUACCACAAUGAGGCUGAAUUGAGUCCAACAUCUCCCGAUUACAAUGUCGAGAGUCUCACGGGUGGAGAUCCCUUCUACGAUCGCUUCCCGUGGUUCCGAAUGGUCGGCAGAUCAUUUGUCUACUUGAGCAAUCUCCUCUACCCCGUGCCCCUGGUUCACAAGGUCGCCAUUGUUAAUGAGAGAGGCGAUGUCCGGGGGUACUUGCGAGUUGCCGUGCAGCCAGUUAUGAAAUCUCAUGUGUUGCAGGAUGAGGAGAGUUUGGAUGUGAGCAAUGGUGUAAAACAAUCAGCGAGGAUUCUCUUUGAUGAAGACCAUAAGCCAAAGUAUCGAUCUCUGGUUCAGGAACGCGACGAGCGUUUCAUUGAGGGCCAUGAGUGUGGAAAAGUGGAAGAAGUUGAAAUUGAAGAUGCAGAUUCUGGACGUGGUGAUUCCAGUGUGUCAUCUGAGGUGCACGAGGCAACAGAAGAGCCCGGAGAACAUUUGCAGAUUGGCAAGGAAUUCACGUUCCGUGUGACUGUUCUUCAAGCAACAGGAAUUGCAGCUGAAUAUGCAGACAUCUUCUGUCAGUUCAACUUCUUGCAUCGUCACGAAGAGGCAUUUUCCACGGAACCGGUGAAGAAUAGUGGUUCUGGUUCUCCACUUGGCUUCUAUCAUGUGCAGAAUGUGACAGUUCCGGUGACAAAGUCAUUCAUUGAGUAUCUCAAAACACAGCCGAUUAUGUUUAAGAUCUUUGGCCACUACCAGAAUCAUCCAUUGCACAAGGAUGCCAAGCAGGAUUGUCAGACACGACCUCCUCCUCGCCGGAUGCUUCCACCUAGCAUUCCCAUUAGUCAACCAGUCAGAAGUCCUAAGUUUGGUCCCCUACCCUGUCCCCCAUCUUCAACAGUUCUGGCCAAGCACGAUGUCUUGGUGUGGUUUGAAAUCUGUGAACUAGCUCCCAAUGGCGAGUAUGUUCCAGCUGUGGUUGAGCACAGCGAUGAUCUGCCCUGCAGGGGCCUCUUUCUGCUGCAUCAGGGCAUUCAGCGACGCAUUCGCAUCACCAUUGUGCACGAGCCUACACCCGAGGUCAAAUGGAAGGAUAUUCGGGAGUUGGUGGUGGGCAGGAUUAGGAAUACCCCUGAAUCAGCUGAUGAAAUGGACGAUGACUCUUGCGUUUUGUCUCUGGGUCUGUUUCCGGGAGAAGUAUUGGACGUUCCAGGGGAUGAUCGGUCUUUCUUCCGCUUCGAAGCUGCCUGGGAUUCCAGUCUUCAUAACUCCAGUUUGCUCAAUAGGGUUACACAGGCUGGGGAGACCAUCUACAUAACACUCAGUGCUUAUCUCGAGCUGGAGAAUUGUGCGCGUCCAGCGAUUGUUACUAAGGAUCUUAGUAUGAUAAUCUAUGGACGAGAUGCCAGAACUGGACCACGUUCCCUCAAACAUCUCUUCUCGGGGCAGUAUCGCAAUCCGGAGGCCAAUCGCCUGUCCGGUGUCUACGAACUCUCCCUUCGCCGAGCAUCCGAAGCAGGUAGUCCAGGAGUUCAGAGACGCCAACGUCGAGUCCUGGACACAAGUUCAACGUAUGUCCGUGGUGAGGAGAAUCUCCAUGGUUGGCGUCCACGUGGAGAUUCACUAAUCUUUGACCAUCAGUGGGAACUGGAAAAGCUGACACGACUGGAGGAGGUGGGUAGGGUGCGUCAUUUGUUGAUGCUGCGUGAGAGACUGGGUAUGGACACAAAUCCCAAUCCUACGACAAAGACAGAGAAGGAUGUGUGCAAUCUAGCGGCUAGAGCGGGAGCGUCGCCAGUGCACAUGGUUAUUCCGCCAUCACCGCAGACGCCAAUCAAAGAUCAGCAGGCUCUGAUGCCAGAACGAGAGUACACGCAGAAGGAGCAAGAGCUGCUGCUCAAGUGCAUCCGACUGAUUCAGGGUCGAAUUGGAGCUAAGACAGAGCAAGAGAGCACCAUUGGGCAGAUUGAUGCGUCACCAGGAGAUGAGGGUUGUGCUGACAUGACAGCUAGUUACAUCUCCGGAAACUCUAUUGAACUCUGCUCCCCGGAGCGAGUGGAAGUUCCCAAUGGAUGGGAAGCUCCAGCUCCGGCACCACAGCCAGCUCUUCCACUGAGGCUCUAUGUUCCAGAACUGGAGGAGAUUCGUGUGAGUCCGGUGGUGGCUCGCAAGGGCUACCUCAAUGUCCUAGAGCACGGUGGAUCGGGUUGGAAGAAACGCUGGGUGACUGUACGUCGACCCUAUGUCUUCAUCUUCCGGUCUGAGAAGGAUCCCGUCGAGAGGGCAGUUCUCAAUUUGGGCACAGCUCAAGUGGAAUGCAGUGAAGAUCAGGCAGCAAUGGUGAAAAUUCCCAAUACGUUCAGUGUGGUGACCAAACACAGAGGAUAUCUCCUGCAAACUCUGGGCGACAAGGAAGUCCACGACUGGCUCUAUGCCAUAAAUCCUCUGCUCGCGGGUCAAAUAAGAUCGAGACUUGCACGACGAAAUGUGGAAUCGUCUGCCGCUCAAGCAGUUACUUCAUCUCAGCAUUCGAGCAAAUGAGACACAAUCACGAUGGAAUCUGUUUUGGUGUAUUAAUUCCCUUCUCAGUUUCUCAUUAAGUUUUCAGUAAUUUAGUUUUUUUAAUUAUAGAAUUUUUUACUUGUUCAUUUUUAAGAUUUUAAAUAUGAAAUUGUUUAAAAAAAACGGUCUUUUUUCAAAAGGUAUUUUAAGUGUUAGAUAUUGUUAUUUUUAUUGCAACAAAACACCAAAAUGGACUUUUCAUCGUGAGGCGAUAAAGACGUAACAGUCACAUUGAACAGAUUUAAAUUAGGCAGGUAAUGAUUAUUAUAAUAAAACAACAAAAAAAAUACACUACAAAAAAAUAUUAUAAACAAUUCAACUAGAAUGAUUUAUCAAUUAUUGUACUAAAAGUUGAAGGUAAAAAAAAAGAUGAAAAAAAUUGAGAAAAAAUAUCUCUAAUAUACCAAAAAAAAAAUAACUAAAAAUUAAUUUACACUAUAGAUGAAAUAUUAUUGUAUUACAUGAAAAAAAGGCAUAUUUAUUAAAUGUGUAAUAAUCACUUGAUAAUUUUAAAGAGAAGAAAAAAGAAAAAAACCUAUUGAAAUUUACAAGAUUGUGAGAAGAAAAACCUCCCUAAUUCUAUUGUAAUUUAAUUUUGCUCUGUGAUGACAUUUUUAUUUAUACAAGAUGAAAAAAAAAAUAAUGAAAAUUGUGGGUAAAAGCUAAAAAAAAAUACCUUGUUGUAAAUAGUUUUAUUAAAUUAUUGAAGAGAAAAAAAAUGAGAUUGCGGAAUAAUUAGGCGAAGAAAACAUUUUUGUAGAUGGAAAGGUAUAGAGAAAUGAUUUGUUAGCUGAGAAAGAAAACACCUAAAAAAAAGGAAGAUAGGCACAGAAGUGUUUAGUUUGAAGAAGAAGAGGAAAAAAGAUGAAGAAAAUUCCUGAUUGAAAAGUUGAUUGUGCUGUAAAUAAUUGUGAGAAAAAAUUGUAUAGUUUUCAGUCUCAAAUGAUACGUAAUUGGCUGCAUUUGUUGAAUUUCUUGCUAAAGGAAAUCCCCAAAAGAGGACUUUUCUGAAGGAAUUUGAUCCUUCCGGAAAAGAAAAUCAGCUAAACUUUACUUGAAAUUCCAGAAAAAUUGAUCUUUUUCAGCUGAAAAGUCAGUAAACUCUUCUUGUUGAGGGUUCAAUUUCAAGGAAUUUUCGGGAAAGUUUAGAAGACUUUUUUCUUUUUCAGGAUGGAAGAAACUCCAAGGAAAAUGCUCUCCUAAGAAAGGGAUUUGCCUGUAUUUCUGAGAGAUCUUUUUUCAAACAAAGUGCACUCCCUGAAAGUUGUUUACGGACAUUUUUCUUUAUUUUUUAUGGGAUUUUUUAAAGAUAAUUUACAAGAAAAUUGUCAAUCCCAUGAUGAAAAUUUUGAAGCAGAGGGAUGACGCCUGAGACAAUGACUCGUAAACCCCGAAAAGACUUUAUUGGUAUUCGUUUCCCAAUCCCAAAAGAUAUUUUUUACGAGUCCGAAAAGUCCGAGAAUCCCAAGAAAUACUCCGGGAAUCCGAAAAUAUUUUAAUGGUAUUCGCAAAAACUUGAUAACCCCAAAAGAAUAUUCGUGAAUUUGUGAAUCCUAAAUAUCUGCGAAUCCCAGGAUACUAAAAUGGUAUUCGAAAAAUCAGAGAAUCCCAGGAAAUUUUUUGCGAGUGCGAAGGAGCUUUUGGUAUUCGAAAAUCCGAUGAAAGUUCUCGUGAAUCCGAGAAUACUUCAAUGGUAUUCGCAAAAAUUUGAGAAUCCCAAGAAAGUAUUCGUCAAUUCAGGGAUACUUACAUGAUAUUUGUAAACCGAAGAAUCCCAAGGAAGUUUUCAUGAAUCCGAGAAUACAUCAAUUGUAUCCAUAAAAACUUGAGAAUCCCAAAAUAUUCGCGAAUCCAAAGGUACUUCAAUGGUAUUCGAGAAUACAAUGAAAAUUCUCGUGAAUUCAAAAAUACUUCAAUGGUAUUCGCAAAACCAUAUAAUCUCAGAAAUUUUUUUUGCAAGUCCGAAACUAAUUGAAUGAUAUUAGAGAAUCCAGAAAGACUUCCAGCAAACUCAAGAAUACUUCGAUGGUAUUUGCAAAAAAUUGAGAAUCACUAGAAAAUAUUCUUAAAUCCCAUAGUCUCAAGAAACUGUUCUCGAAUCCCAGAAAUUUAAAUGGUACUUGCGAAUCCGGGAACCAGAAAAGUCCAGUAAAAAAAUAACAAAUCCGAUAAUCCCAAGAAAUUGUUCAUGAAUCCCAAAAUAAUGGUAUUCGCAAGGUAUUUUUUUUAAUGUGAGAGCACGUAAAGAAGAUUAAUUUAAUUACACAUUUGUUGCUCACAUGAAGUAUACGGGUAACUGUAAAAUCCAUCAAAACACGGCAUUCAUCCUGGAAGGAGAGUUGUACAACUUUCCCUAUGCAGGGUACAGUAUUUUGCCAAAGUUUAAGGCACUCAGACAAUGCUGAGGAAUUACAAUGAUUAAAUAUUUGAUUACAUUUGAAUAAUACUUUAAAUCAGGAGUGAGGAAGAACCGUUAGAAACCGAAUAAAUGACCAUUGAUGUACUUUCAUUUUACGUUUGUUUGGUUUCAAAUGCUUACUGCACACCUCUGCUUUAAAUUUAAAAAUCGAGAACAGUUUCCAGCGCCAUUCGCGGGAGAAUCCAGCGUCCUCGCGAAGAGGAAAAGUUGCCACUGUUAUCGCUUAUUUCUUAUUUUUUUUUUUUUAGUAAAAAUAAAAUUGAUUCGAUAUUCAAAUAAUGAAGAACAGAGUGCAACAAGGUCUCCACUCUCCACUUAUUUCCUGCCAAUGAAAAUUUGACAAUUAAUUUCAUGCACUUUUCAAUGCUUUCAUUUCAAAUGAACUGAAUAGGUUCCACGGGUUCCCUGAAGAAUAUAUGGGUUCCUCGGGUUCCUUAAAAAGCAUGUGGGUUCCCUGGGUUUCCCGUGAGUUCCCUAAAAAAUGUAUGGGUACCCCGGGGUCCCUGAAAAUUUUCUGGAAAAGAGUUCCUGGAGUUUCCGGAUUCCUGGGAAAAAAUAUAUGAGUUUUCUGAGAUCCUUGGAAAAAUGUAUAGAUUCCCCGGGGUUCUUGGAAAAUUCUACGCGUUCUUCGGGUUUCCUGAAAAAUGUAUGGGUUCCUCGGGUUCCCUAAAAAGCAUGUGGGUUCCCUGGGUUUCCCGUGAGUUCCCUAAAAAAUGUAUGGGUACCCCGGGGUCCCUGAAAAAUAUAUAGGUCCCCCGGAGUCUUUGGAAAAUUUAUGGGUUUCCUAGGAUUCUUGGAAAAAUGAAUGGGUUCCCUGAGGUCCUUGGAAAUGUAUGGGUUCCCCAGGGAUCUAGGAAAAAUCUAUGGGAUCCCCGGGUUUCUUGAAAAUGUAUGUUUUCCUCUGGUUCUCUAUAGAACGUGUGGAUUCCCUGGGUUUCCCUUGAGUUCCCUGAAAAAUGUAUUAGAAUCCCGGUGUCCCUGAAAAUUUUAUGAGUUCCUGGAGUUUCCGGAUUCCUGGGAAAAAUGUAUGAGUUCCCUGAGAUCCUUGAAAAAAAUGAAUGGGUUGGCCUUGGAAAAGUGUAUGGGAUCCCCGGAGUUCUUGGAAAAUUCUAUGCGUUCUUCGGGUUUCCUGAAAAAUGUAUGGGUACCCCGGGGUCCCUGAAAAACGUAUAGGUUCCCUGAAAUCCUUGCAAAAAUCUAUGGAUUAUCUAGGAUCCCUGGAAAAGAGUAUGGGUUCCCCGGGGUUCUUGAAAAAUUCUAUGUGUUCCCCGGUUUCUCUAAAGAAUGUAUGGGUUCCUUAGGUUCCGUGUUCCCCGUGAGGUCCCUGAAAAAUAUAUGGGUUCUCCGGGUUCUUUGGAAAAAUCUAUGGGUUUCCUGGAGUUCUUGAAAGUAUAUGAGUUCCCCGGGGCUCUUAGAAAAUGUUAUGUGUUCUCCGGUUUCUCUGAAGAAUGUAUGGGUUCCUUAGGUUCCCUAAAAAAAAAGUGUGGGUUCCCCAUGAGUCCCUUGUAACAUGUAUGGGUCUCUGAAAAUAUAUGGGUUCCCUGGGGUCUGGAAAAAUCUAUAGCUUGCCCGGGUUCCCUAAGAUCCUUGCGAGUACGGAUUCCCUUCCUUCACUGAAAGGAAAAAUUUCUGAAAAUUCAGAGACCAUAGCAAAUUUUUCUCCGCUUGAGGACGCAGUUGUCUCUCGCAAAUGGCGCUGAAAUCUGUUCUCAAUUUUCAAUUCUCAGUUCUCAACCAAAAUUUGUUUCCAUGACUUUUCAAAAUAGCCAACAGAAAAAGAAUAUCCAAAUCGAAUGCAAUUUUGAGGGAGUGGUACUUUGUUAAAUGAAGCGUGGGAUCAUUUUAGAGCCUUGUUAUUGCUGUGUGAAGAGAGGUUUAUUUUUUCACUCGAGAGUAAAAAUCACGAGAGAAGGUCAAAGGGAUGGCUAAUGGAAAUUUUUGAAGGAAAAAGAGUAUUUUGAGCUUUUUAAACUCCAAAACCAAAGAUUUUUCCACAUGGGAGCAUUUUUCUUUCCUUUUUUUUAUAAUAGGAAGUAAGUGCUUGAACAAAGUAAAAAGAAAAAAGAUAGAUAUUAAUAGAGAAGAAUUUUUUAUUAAUCUCAUUGUAUAAUAUUCCCAAUAAUUUAUUUGGUUGUCUCCGUCGGUAUCACAAAAUGCCACUGAUCCUAAUUUUCUUUGUGGAAUCUUCUCCCCCUGGAAAAAAAAACACACGACAUAGUUGUUCAAUUAUUCCCAAAAAAAAGAAUAGUCUUUCUCUCUAAAAAAAAAACAAAAAUUAUUGUAUUAACGGAAAAAAAUCUAUUAAAAAAAAAGCUGAAUGUAUCUGACUUGAAUAUUUGUGGCAAUUAAAACACAAGACACCCAUGAAAAAAAAAGAAACAAAAAACUCACAUUAUGAAUAAAGAAGCUUUAAAAAUU